UCGGGGGCAGUCGUUUUUCGGCAAGCAGUCACUUUUCGGCACUACACCGGGACGUGACAACUGUAACACCCAGCGGAAGUAAGCAAAACAAAGCUAGUGGCGUUAGCUCCCGGAAAACGGUGGGUGGUUUGUUCGUUUGUCGCAGGAUAAAUAUUCCAGUUGUUAAAGAAGCAGCGAUGUCUUCGCGUCAGUAUUUGAGACAUUUAAUCACCGAGCGACUAACUGCUGCCGCUGAAGAAAUAUUCUCAAUCUUUGAACAAAACAUUGUCGAGUACGAGGAGGAGGUGAAUCGUCAGCGCAAACUGUUGGAGAUCUUUUGCAACCCUCGAGUGGAGUUACGGCGGAUAGAGCUUCCACAGCAGCAUGUCUGGAAAGAGGAGGCGGUUCUCACGGAGCAGCAGCUCUGGAACCAGGAGAGGAACUCCAGUCUGGACCAAGAGGAACCACAAUCAUUACAGGUUAAAGAGGAGCAGGAGGAAACCUGCACCAGUCACGAGGGAGAUCAGCUUGAAGUGAAGCAGGAGGCUGAUAUAAUAAUGUUGACUCUGGGUCAUGAGGAAAGUGACCACAUGGAACCAGAACCAGACAGUGACCAGCAGCUCCUCUCCCACAGCUCUCCUGUAGCCGAGAGUCCAGGUCCCACAGGAAGUGACCACGUUGACUCUGUGUCUAAUAGAAAUGCAGAGACUGAAACUCACACAGGUAAACCUUUUUCUUAUAACUGUGGGUUUUGUGGGAGAGGUUUUCCUUAUAGGUCUCAGUUCGUCGCACACACGCGAGUCCACACAGGAGAUAAACCGUUUUCCUGCAGAGCGUGUGAAAAGAGUUUCAAAACCAAACAGGAAUUGCGGUCCCAUUUGAGAAAUCACACAGGUGAGAAACCCUACAUGUGCACUAUUUGCGGGAGUAGCUAUAUGCGCAAAGAUGACUUAAUACUCCACAUGAGAACCCACACGGGGGAGAACCCAUUUUAUUGUGCAGCGUGUGGGAAGUGUUUUCCAGGAACUGUUGAUUUGAAAUCCCACAAAAAAACUCACACAGGUGAAAUGCCUCUCAUUUGCAACGUUUGUAAGAAUAGUUUCAAUAGUAAGCAAUCAUUGGAUAUCCACACGAGAACGCACACGGGCGAGAGGCCGUAUUCCUGUGAGACAUGCGGAGAGCGCUUUGUUCAUGGACUGGCUUUGAAGAAGCACAAAACAACUCACACCGGUUAGAAGACUCAGUUUGUCAGUUCCAUAACUGCAGCUGCAGAGAAUCACGACAAACGGAAGAAACCACCGAGUCAAAACUUCUGCUAUUUUACUGAUGAUUGUCCUGAAAUUGUAUAUUUGUAAUUGUCUGUACAGUCCUGGAAAUAAAACUUUUAUGUAUAUAUUUCUUACAAAAAGUCUCUUAUUCUUAUUUAUGGAGCGUGUGGCCUU